UUUAAAGCUUUUUAAGAGAGCUCAAGUACAGCUUUUGAUGUAUGUUUGGAGUCACUUUUUCUGUAUCUUUUUGGGGCAAGAAAGUUGAGAAGAAAGGUUAAAAGAAUCUGAAAAAUAUUCGUAUUGUAACUGAAAAGAUCGAAGAAGUUCAGAGGGGUCGUAUGUUUUGGGAAAUUCAUCUCGAUUAUAUGUAUAUAAGUAUGCGUCCGGUCUUAAGGAUUUGUAUAGAUUGCCUAUGAAGAUAUUAAAGAUCCUGGAUUUAGUGAUUUAGUUCGGAGUAGUAUUCCUCUCGAUGAGCUUGAGAUCACGUGGCCAUUCAGAUGGAUGUUCUAAAGGAAAACUUUGGUGGCUUCUUCUGAUCAUGAUCAUUUGGUAUGAAAAUUGAAUCGCUUCCACAACUCUCUACCUUCCAUGAGACGCCCUCGUCGUCAUUUAGGGAUUGAGAAAGUCUGACCUGACCCGCACUGACCUUUCCUACUCGUUCGCGGUCCGAGACUGCAAUACCUGGCGGGGGCCGGGCCCAGGGCCGGGGGCCAUCAUUAGGUCGGUAAGAGCCCCGACGCCGAUUCGUUCAUGCCUGGCGGAUCAAUAACCAGAGACGUUGGUUUUGGCCUAAUUAUGGAAAUGCGCUUGCCUUUUGGGUUGAACUCAUUUGCAUUUCCCACUGGUUACUGGUUUGUUGUCGCAACUUCUUCUAAUCCGUAUGCUCCAUAUGCUCCAGAGGAGCCCGAAGAGAACGGGGCAGGUGUGGGGGAUGCCCAUGUCGAUGACGAAAGCAAGACGAGCCACCGAAUGCUGCAGGCGAAAGCCGGAGACGAAGACAAAGAUGGAGAUGGAGCAUCAUCGGGUGAUCGUCUCGUAACCAUCUGCUCUGCCAGCCCUUGGAUCUCUGCGGUCAGAGAGCGAUCGAGCGGAGAUCUGUAUAAAAGCCACCGACUGCAGGCAGUUGGUCAUCAGUUAACUCAACGCUUUCUUCGGCUUCGUGAAGUUCCACAGUUUUCGUCCCCCCAAGCAAGAAACUUCCAGCAAUGAAGAUCUUCGUGUGUCUCCUGGCUGCUUUGGUCGCCACCAGCUCGGCUGGCUUCAUCGGCGGCGGCUCCGGCGGUGGCGGCGGCGGUGGUGGAGGCUACAGUUAUGGCGUUGGCGGAGGUGGUGGCGGUGGUGGCCAUCAGGAGGUGAAGACCAUCAAGGUCAUCCACCAGGAGGGCGGCGGACACGGCGGCGGCUACUCUGGCGGACACGGCGGCGGCUACUCCGGCGGCGGCUACUCCGGCGGACACCAGGAGGUGAAGACCAUCAAGGUCAUCCACCAGGAGAGCGGCGGACACGGCGGUGGUUUCUCUGGCGGUCACGGCGGUGGCUAUUCUGGCGGACACGGUGGCGGCUACUCCGGCGGACACCAGGAGAUCAAGACCGUCAAGGUCAUCCACGAAGAGGGUCUUGCUCUGGGCGGCGGCGGCGGUUAUGCCGGCGGACUCGACCACGGAUACGGCGGACAUGGACACGGACACGAGGAGGUCAAGACCAUCAAGGUUAUCCACCAGGAGGGCGGCGCCCACGGACAUGGCGGCGGUUUCUCCGGCGGACACGGCGGUGGUUACUCCGGCGGACACCAGGAGGUGAAGACUGUUAAGGUCAUCCACCAGGAGGCUGGUGGUCUCGGUGGUUUCUCCGGCGGACAUGGCGGCGGUUAUUCCGGCGGUCAUGGCGGCGGCUACUCCGGCGGACACCAGGAGAUCAAGACUGUGAAGGUGAUCCAUGAGGAGGGUCUUGCUCUGGGCGGCGGCGGUGGCUAUUCCGGCGGACACGACCACGGAUUCGGAGGACAUGGACACGGACACGAGGAGGUGAAGACCAUUAAGGUUAUCCACGAAGAGGGCGGUCACAGCCACGAUCACGGACACUCCCACGGCGGCUUCGCUGGCGGUCAGGAGGAGAUCAAGACCAUCCAGGUGAUCCACGAAGAGGGACACUCGCACGGACACGGUGCGGCUCCUCUGAGCAACGAGUACCUGCCACCUGUGUUGUCGGCUCCCCAGCCCGGCUACCUGCCCCCAUCCGGUGGCUGGAAAUAAAUCUCUCCCUCGCGCGCCCUCUCUGUGAUUCGGCCUGUGUCAUAGCCCCCGAACUGAUCCCGAACUAAUCCCGAAGUCCCCCAUCCCCCCUCCACCUCCCUUGUUAAGUAGUUUUAGACAUUUUUUUCUUCCCAUUUGUUAUUUUUUUACACUGUUCUACGAAUAUCCAUUGUACCUCUCACUUUAGUUGUAAAUCGUUCCCACAAGGAGAAAAUAAAUCAUCUGUAAAUUAUAA